UUAUUUUAGUUUAUCAGUGGAAGGUUUGCGUCAAUAAAAUUUUGGCCUUGGGUGGUUAAACUGACUCACGUGAUAAUUUACGCUGCGAAAAGUAGUUUGUUUUGUUGGAUUUCUGCAGUGCACACUUGGCUGGAUAACAGCAGCAAUGAGCAGGUAUUCAAAUGAUUCCAGCGGUGUUGCGGCAGCCAUGGGAAGUGGCUCUUACAAGUACCCAGCAGAGAGGGAUCAGGGUGGCCAUCGAUUGGAAGCACAGAAACAAGAUCAAGUUUCAUUGCAACGUUCGAAAGAAGCCAGUAAGCAAAUGCUGUACGGUGUAUUUUGCAACGUUAUUGCCAUAUUAGAAGAAUUUGAGCAACGAGAGCGACCCGACUGGUGCAGACCUCUAGAAUCGUCCCGGCUGAAAAUAUCUGACCAAAGCAGAAAAUCAAAUGAAGACAUAAAGCACAUUCUUGAGACCCAGCUCCUGCUAUUUGAAAAACAGUCCAACUCCUCCCCGGCGGAAGUGAGAAACGAAGUUGUCGACGAGUUGAAGAAAAGGGUGCUGCAGUGGGCUGGUUUUCGGGCAGAUGAGAAGUGUGAUGGACAAACAACUGAUAUCUACGUGGCACAACUCUAUGAAAUACUAGUUCGCGGAAAGUCUGACCACAACUGCUAUCAUCGCCCAAGUCCCGAGGUUUCCGAACGCACUAUUCAAGAAACUAUGCCGUACAUUAUGAGUGGCAAACAUGACCAAAUGGAACUGGACAGAGAAUUUAAAGACAAUCGAGCAAAGACAGCGACAUGCCCAUACACUCGUCGCUCAAGAAACAUUUCUGGUGGCGCCGACCGGAUUAUGCAUACAAUUCCAAAUCUGAAGCAUGAAGUUCUGAGCGAUUUAGAGCGCCUAAGUCGCGAGUGUCCUGUUGAUAUGAAAUAAACGAUGAAACCAUGAACUGUACUUUAGAACAAUUUUUCUGACAUCUAUUAUUGCUGUUGUCUUUCUUCAUUGUGCAUCAUAGGAUAGUGAGUUUUAUGCUUCACCAUAAUGUUCCUGUGUUAACUGUGUAAAUUGUCUGGAAUAAAGAUGCAAUGCUUA